UAUGAAGCAGGCUUGCGUGCAAUAUGGAGACUCGGGUGAACCGCAGCAGGCUUGUUUACGGGGCGCGGUAGUGUCUACGCCGAAAUUAGUAACUAAAAGCUCUUUAACUCUUACAUGUUGUAAUAUUUAAGGACGGACAAACAAACAAAAUGUCAGCGGUACGUUUAGACGAAGGCAGUGGUGCUCCUCCAGCUGCGUUUCCAGAGGCGUUAAAGAAAAUACUGGAAAUUCCUCCACCGAAUUUGUUGGAAUGCGCAGCUGAAAAUGAGACACAGAAGCUUUCAGAAGAUGAAGCGGACUCCGGAGGGGGAGUCAGUGGACACGGUCCAUCAGCUGCGUUGACCCCUGCUAUCUGGGACAAGACGAUUCCAUAUGAUGGCGAAACCUUUCAUCUGGAGUACAUGGAUCUGGAGGAGUUUCUGAUGGAGAAUGGUAUCACUGCUUCUGAAGAAGUCCAACAGAAGAGGCUUGCUAAAGACAGCCCCAAGCAGCUACUCGAUAAAGACCCCACUAUCGUCACGAAGAUGGAGUCUAGCCCAGCAGCUCUCAUCUCUCUUCUACCAACUAUGGAGCUGGAGCAGUGUGAAGAAGAAGUAAUAACAACUGUUGGAUCAAAUUCUGACUUAUCACAGACUAAAACAGGCCUAACCACAGAGAGGGAAAGCUUGACGCCAGACCCCAUUAGCCCAGAGGACAUUGAGGUAGCAGUGAACUUCGAGCCAGAUCCUGCAGACCUUGUGCUUUCCAGUGUACCUGGAGGAGAACUCUUUAACCCUCGUGUGCAUCGCUUCACUGAAGAGGAUCUCAAACCACAACCCAUGAUCAAGAAAGCCAAGAAAGUAUUUGUACCUGAAGACCAAAAGGAUGAGAGAUAUUGGCACAGAAGGAAGAAGAACAAUAUUGCAGCAAAACGUUCCCGAGAUGCCAGGCGGCUGAAGGAGAAUCAGAUCACAGUCCGUGCAGCCUUCUUAGAGCGGGAGAACAUGGCUCUGAGGCAGGAGGUGGCUCAACUGCACAAAGAUUUGGGACGCUGCAAGAAAAUAAUGGAUUGCUAUGAAGCAAAAUACGGGUCACUGUAAGAGACUGAUCCUGGACGGUUUGUGUUUUCAAAAGAAGUCAGUAAAUCCACUCCAUUUUAUAGCUCAACUGAAACCUUUACUACAGUCACAUUUUGCUUUUUUUUCCUAAUUUUGCUUUAUUUCUAUAAUACUUUUUUGUAAUGGGGGGAAUAAGAUUUUACUGAAAUCUCCAGGCUGAUGGACUGUGUAUAUUAAAGUAGUAUGAGGGACAAAAUGGUGACUGGGUGAAAAAAGCUUUCACAGCUGAAAUCAAAUUGUUACCUGCUCAGUAAAAGCAAAUAUAUCUACCCAACUGUAAUUUUAUCAAGCCCACCUAAUUGUCAAUAUGUUUAUAUAAUUAAAUUAUAUUUUAACUCUAA